AUGGAGAGCCUCUUGCGCUGGAGUAUCGAGCACUCGACGAACAAUGAGGGUGCACCACCGCCACCGCCGCGAUCGGUCCAGAAUUUGGACCCCGGAAUCAUAGAUGCUAUCCUUGGGAAGCCAGACUCGGAGUUGAUGAAGGAGGCUUUGGCCAUCGCGACGGACGAAAGCAAGGAUGAGGACGAGCGGAUACAAGCUCUGGAUAAUCUCGAGAUGCUCGUUGAGCAGAUCGACAAUGCGAACAACAUCGAGAAGAUGAAGAUGUGGGAGCCCCUUCACAAUCUACUGAAGUCACCAAAUACAACCGAGGGAAUCAAGAUGCAGACACUCUGGGUUAUCGGUACUGCCAUUCAGAACAACCCGUCUGCACAAAGCGCGUACCUCGCUCUGUCGCCGAUGCCGACGUUGCUCACCUUCCUCAAUCCAUCCGUCAAUCGCCGAACUGCGCUCAAAAGCCGUAUACGCUCUUUCGGCACUGUUGAGGCUCAGUUCCGCUGCCGUCAAGCAGUUCGACGAAGCGGGUGGCUGGCAAGUCCUGAAAGCGGCUCUCGAAGCGUCCGCCGCAAAACUGCCUUCCUCCUAAACACCCUUAUCAUCCCCACGACGCACGUCUCGCAACCCGCACCCGCACCAUCCGCCGGAUCGAAUAGCACCGGGCUUGCCAUCCAUUCAUCGGACACGCAACCGCCCAGCGGUCCAGUCCACCCGAACUCGCAUGCGUCCAUGCUAUCGGACCCCUCCUCAAUCUCAACCUCCCCGGCGGCGCUCAAAGCGCUCGAGGAGCAUGGCAUCCUGCAGUCGCUCGUCUCGGCGGUGACUUCCCCCGUUCCAUACGGCCCUGACGGCGAGAGCGAGGGGGACGCCGACUUCGACGAGAACGUGAUCAGGACACUACACACCUACGCGACGUCGUGCGACGGCCGCUUCUCCGCGCAGCAGAAGACCGACCUGCGCGCACAUGUAAAGGACGAGACGGACAAGGCGGGCAGUGAGCCGAAGCUUGCUGAGAAGUGGGGGCUGACGACGGACGAGCUGACGGCGUUCAAGCAAGCUAUAGCAUAG